AUGGCAACAGCUGACUCGCAUUUCCGAGUGAUUGUGCUGUGCACUUUCAUUACACUUUUGACGGUGUUGUCGGUUGGACUUAAUUUCGGUAAUGUUUCCAGUCUGGAAGAGUCGAGUUCAAGUCUUCCCCUUGUUCAUAAAGGCGAGAGAUUGCAGGUAACGCAAAUCCAAGACGAUAAUGAAGAUGAGUAUAAGAUAUUAGGUUUAACUCCGAACCAUUCUGUGCGAGUUGGCAUUACCGAUUUGAAAGGAAACUCCAUAGACACCAACUCGGAGAUUAUUUAUCAUGGCCGUUUCCUUCAUAUAACAGACAUGCAUCCAGAUGAACUCAAUAAACUAGGGUCUUCUAUUCCCAAGAAAUGCCACAAGAAGUUGUCGUAUAUUCCGGAGGACGAGCUUUGUCAUCCGUUAGGAGAUGCAAUGAGUGGGUGCGAUUCCCCUAUGCAACUUUAUGAGGAUACACUUGCAUGGAUACGUAAGAACUUGAAGGAUAAGAUCGAUUUUGUCAUCUGGACGGGCGACAACGUGCGCCACGAUAAUGAUAGAGGUCAUCCAAGACUAGAGGGAGACAUUUUUAAAAUGAACCAGAAUGUUGCUAAUAAGAUGGCGGAAGUAUUUAUGGAUGAAGGCGAGGAGGAUGAUAUGCCAUUGGAGCGUAGAGUGAAAAUUAUCCCAAGUUUGGGUAACAACGAUGUGUAUCCACAUAAUUUAGUGGCUCCAGGUCCUACUUUGCAAACACGCGAGAUGUACAAAAUCUGGAGGGAUUUUGUUCCUGCCGAGCAGAUGCAUACUUUUGACAGGGGUAUCUACUUCUUUCGGGAGGUGAUCCCUGGGAAGCUUGCAGUUCUAUCCAUUAAUACGUUAUACUUCUUCAAAUCCAAUCCAUUGAGUGAUAACUGUGACGGAAGAAAACAACCAGGCUAUAAACUUUUUGAGUGGCUGUCUGUCACUUUAAAUGAGUUGAGAAGAAGACACAUGAAGGUCUGGCUUAGUGGUCAUGUACCACCUAUUCCCAAGAAUUUACAUUACAGUUGCUAUACCAAAAUGGCCGUUUGGAUGCAUGAAUACAGAGACAUUAUUAUCGGUGGCCUGUAUGGUCACAUGAACACCGAUCACUUUGUUCCUCUGGAUUCUGUCAAGGCGUGGAAAUCCAUAAAAGGCCAAAACGAUGAAAAUUGUACUGACGAAAAUUGUACUGACGAAAAUGACGUUGAGGACUACAAAGAUGUUAUUGAUAUGUAUGGAGGUAUGGGAUUGUUGGACGAAGAUUUUGGAGUGACAAGAAAAUCCAAGAGGUACGAUAGUGCACCGCAAGGUAAGGUCACCUACUUGGAAGAUAUCAGGGAUAGUAUGUUUGCCAGAAUCAAGGGUAAAAAUAAAUCUGGGGAGCACGGCGACAGGUACGCUUUUGCGCACGUGACUGCAUCUGUCAUUCCCACAUUCAAUCCGGGAUUCCGAAUCUGGGAGUAUAACGUGACUGAUUUAUUGAAGGGCGACAUCGAGAGACAAUUCGAGCCCUGGACUGAUUUCUUUACUCGUAUCAACCAAGAGUUGGAUGAAUCUGACGAGCUCGCAGAUAUAUUGGAGACCUUUGAUGACGACGACCCAAGAACCAAAAAUUAUUACACUUUAGCCAAGGAUAAGACCAUACCCCAAAUAAUGCCCCCGGGAACCCCAUUGGGACCGGGAUAUGUCAUGCAGUUGUUCAGUCCUGAAAGGUACACGCAGUACUAUCUUGAUCUUGACUCUGCAGCAAAAGAUCCGGACUUCAAAUUGGAUUACAGAGUGCAUUAUUCUACUAACGACAAACCUUACGAUAUGGACAGUUUAUUAGUGGAAGACUGGAUGGAGCUUGCACGUCGCUUAGCCCAGUCAUCCCCUCUAAAGAAAUCACAUAGAGGUAAAGGUGACAAAGAGAACAAGCAGGAUUUACAAGAAUUGUCCGCUGUAUCAGAUCUCUGGAAGACUUUUAUAGACAGGGCUUUUCUUAGUACUGGAUAUCAGAACUUUCCGUUUUCAACUAAUUAA